AAUUCGUUCCAAAGUACAGAUUGUUUUCUGCUUGCUCAAUAUCUUCUCUCUUGCACCCUUUUCAUCUCGUCCUUUUUAAUCUCUGGGAAAAUGUCUUGCGGGGGAAACUGUGGCUGUGGGUCUGGCUGCAGCUGUGGUGGAGGAUGCAAGAAGUACUUAGACAUGAGCUUCGCUGGCGAGAAGACAACCACUGAAACCAUUGUUGUUGGGGUUGCUCCUCAGAAGACAUACUCGGAAGCCUCUGAAAUGAACUUUGGAGCGGAGAACGAAGGCUGCGGGUGCGGAUCCAACUGCAGCUGUGAUCCUUGCAACUGCAAAUGAAGAAUAAUGUUAUGUAUCAAAAGAUAAUAUAUGUGUGUAUGUGUGUGUUGGGUCUCGUCCUCGUGUGAAGUUUGUUCUUUAUGAUGGGUCUGAGUUUGAUGAAAAUAAACUAGUCAUGGCUUCUUCUGCAGAUCCUAACUUGUUAGGUUUGUAGUUGAUGCUGUUGUUUGUUACUGCUGUGUGGGUAUCAUGUCUCUUAUUUAUGUACGAUGACUGAUGAGAGGAGAGACUUUGGAUAUAUUUGCAAUGAAUGAAAGAUAGACUCCUUUCUACCGUGUUUGUA